AUGGUGGAGUCAUGGUUGUACUCACCUACAACUUCAUCUCCACUUGAGUUAAAUAUGGGUAGAAAUUACCAAAGUGUUUCUUUUGCUAUUGUUUCCCUUUUUUGUUCAUAUUUCAUGCUACUAUGUUCAUCUUUUGGCUGCAUGCAACAUGAGAGAGAAGCUCUUGUUGAACUCAAAUUAAGCUUUAAUGAUCCUUCGUUUAGACUUUCCUCUUGGGAAGGAAAUGAUUGUUGCAAAUGGAAAGGUAUCAGUUGCAACAACAUUACAGGACAUGUUGCCAAGAUUGACCUUAGGAAUCCAUGCUAUCCACCAAUAGGAGAAGAUUAUCCAUCAAACUGUUCCUUCUCAAAAUCUAAGCUUGAAGCUCAACACCUUCAUCCUUCUUUUUCAAAUUUCAAAUAUCUCACCUAUUUGGACCUUAGUGGAAACAAUUUCAAUUCAAGUCCAAUACCAUCGUUUCUCAAUUUUAUGAGUCAGUUAGAGUUCCUUUCUCUCUCUGAUUCCCAUUUUAUUGGCAUGAUCCCAAACUUCCUUGGAAACCUCACUAAAUUGACCUUUCUUGAUCUCAGUUAUAAUUCUUGGUUAUACUCCGAUGACAUCUAUUGGGUUUCAAAACUUUCAUUGCUCCGAAACCUUUACCUGAAUGAUGUUUUUCUUGGCAGGGCAGAAAAUUUAUACUUGUCACUUAACAUGAUUCCUUCUUUGUUAGAAUUAGACUUCACCAACUGCAGCUUAACCAAGAUAUCCAGCAGUGAUGAUCAACUUGUCAGUUAUACAAAUCUUUCUAGCAUUGAGUUUCUCAGUGUCGCGGAGAAUGGACUUGAUGGUCCAGAUCUGAAUGCUUUUAGAAACUCCACUUCAAUCAUGUUUAUUGACCUUUCCAACAAUAAUCUUAGUUCAGUUCCAUUUUGGUUAGGCAAUUGUGCCAAACUUGGCUCUCUUUAUCUUGGAAACAAUGCUCUUGGCUCAAUUCCACCAGCUCUGCGAAAUUUGACUUCCUUGACGUUGCUUGACAUUCCUCAAAACAAUAUUGAAUCUGUUUCAAUAUGGUUAGGAGGGUUGGAGGGUAUUUUGUAUCUCAAUCUGUCAUUGAACCAUAUUCAGGAUUCUAUACCAUCAAUAAUUGGAAAUAUGUGUCAUCUUCUGUCACUAGAUUUGUCAGGAAAUGGACUUCAAGGAGAUAGACUUGUCGGCAACUUACAAUCUGCAAGAUGCAUUGGAUAUGAUUUAAAGGAACUGGAUUUGUACAACAAUAGUUUCAAUGAUCAGCUGCCAACAUGGUUGGGGCAGCUUGAGAAUCUGGUGAUCCUUAAACUUCAAUCAAGUUUUUUCCAUGGUCCUAUUCCAAAUAUUUGGGGAAACUUGUCUAACUUGAAAUCUUUAGACUUUGCUAACAAUCACUUGAAUGGUUCUAUUCCAAACUCCCUUGGGAAACUGAGGAGUCUAAGUUACUUGGACAUGUCUAACAAUAGCUUGUUUGGGGGUCUUCCUUGCAGUCUAACAGCACUAGCAAAUCUAGAGUAUUUGAUUCUCAACAAUAAUAAUUUGACAGGGUCUCUUCCAAAUUGUAUUGGACAAUUUGUCAAUCUAAAAAUGUUGAUGAUUUCCUCCAAUCAUUUUUAUGGUAUCAUUCCUAGGAGUAUUGAGCAAAUAGGGACCCUGGAUUACCUUGAAAUGUCAGAUAACUCUUUGAGUGGAACAAUCCCACAGAAUAUUGGUCAACUUUCAAACUUGCACACCCUCUAUCUUUGUAAAAAUAACUUGACAGGGAUAUUUCCUCAUAGUUUUGGUCAACUCAUAAACCUGCGCAAUUUAGAUGUGUCUCUCAACAAUCUUGAAGGUGUGUUUUCUAAAAUAAAAUUUCCCAAGUCACUUGUCUAUAUGAACCUCACCAAUAACCAUAUCACUGGGUCACUUCCCCAAAAUAUUGCUCAAAGAUUGCCCAAUCUUACUAAUUUUCUUCUUGGAGGGAACCUUAUAUAUGAUUUCAUUCCAAAUUCAUUGUGCCAAAUAAACUCUUUGUACAAUCUUGACCUUUCAAACAACAAUUUAGUUGGAAAUAUUCCUGACAGCUGGAGUUCAACUCAAAGAUUGAGUGAGAUUAACCUAUCAUCUAACAAAUUAUCAGGAAUUAUUCCAAGCACGUUUGGUGACCUCUCCACUUUGGCAUGGUUACAUUUGAAUAAUAACAGUCUUCAUGGGGAGAUUCCAUCAUUCUUGAAGAAUUUAAAGCAACUGUUAAUCUUGGAUAUUGGAGAUAAUCAAAUGUCAGGGAAUAUACCUUCAUGGAUUGGAGACAUCUUCUCCUCACUCCAAAUUUUGAGGUUAACACAAAACAAGUUCCAAGGUUACAUUCCAUCACAACUUUGCAAACUUUCAGCUUUGCAAAUCUUGGACCUUUCCAACAACAUGUUGAUAGGUCCAAUACCUCAAUGCAUUGGCAAUCUUACAUCAAUGAUUCAAGGAAGAAAAUCAUCGGUUCUUUUAUCUCCAGAAGAUCCAAAGUAUUUGGAAUGGUAUGAACAAGAUGUAAGCCAGAUCAUUAAAGGAAGAGAAAAUCAUUAUACAAGAAAUCUGAAACUAGUGGCCAAUGUGGAUUUAUCAAACAACAAUUUGAGUGGACCUAUUCCUAGAGGAAUAACUCUUCUUACUGCUUUACAAGGCUUAAAUCUCUCACACAAUCAUUUAUCAGGAAAAAUUCCAAUAACCAUAGGGGACAUGAUGUCACUUGAAUCUUUGGACCUUUCACAUGAUCAACUUUCAGGUCCAAUUCCAUACACCAUGUCUAGCUUAACUUUCCUAAGUCACCUAAACAUGUCCUACAACAAUCUUUCAGGACCAAUUCCACAAUCAAACCAAUUGUCAACACUUAAUGAUGAUUCAUAUAUUUAUGUUGGCAACAAAUUUCUUUGUGGUGCACCACUGUUGAAUCACUGUGAUGCUGAUAAUAGAGAUGAUCAUGAUGAUGGUGAUGGUAAACCUGAUAGGGUUGAGAAAUUGUGGUUUUACUUUGUGGUAUUACUUGGAUUUGGUAGUGGAUUUUGGACUGUGAUUGGAGUUUUUUUAUUGAAGAAGGAUUGGAGGCAUGCUUACUUUAGUUGCAUUGAUAAGGUGGUGCUUAGGAUAAAAGUGGCAUUCGGAAUAGAGUUAGCAAAGUUAAAGAAAACAUGUAGGGGAAACCAUGUUGAUUAG